AUGAGAGUCUACGGCGAGUCGCCCUCAUACGAUAAGCUACAGAACCGUCAGGUCUCGCGAUGGAAACCGAAGACCUGGUCAUGGAAGAUAUGGGCAGCUGCUGCCUUUUCUGUUCUCGCGGUUGUUGCCAUUGUCGUCGGUGCCGUGCUUGGAACAGAAGAUAGCGCGUAUCCCAAAUACAGCGCCCUUACAUAUACUCUCCAAGAUACAUACAGCGGUACGGACUUUUUUAACCAAUUCGACUACUUUACCGGCUACGAUCCGAGCUUGGGAUUUGUGCACUACGUCCCAUACGAGACGGCCACCUCUCCGCAAUAUAACCUGACGUAUGCCUCCUCAAGCUCGGCUGUGCUGCGAGUGGACACAACAGACACAGACGCCAGCACUGGCCGCUACUCUGUGCGGAUCACGUCGAAGAAGCAAUACAACUCGGGGCUGUUCAUCUUUGAUGUUCUAAACUCGCCGUAUGGCUGCAGCACGUGGCCAGCACUGUGGCUUACCGAUCCCAACAACUGGCCUUCCCACGGUGAGAUUGACGUUAUGGAAGCUGUCAAUCAGGCCACUACCGGGAACCAAAUGACUCUACACACGACCGACGACUGCAAGAUGAAUGUGAAGCGCAAAGAGACCGGCGAAGUCCAGACAAGUAAUUGCUACAACGCCACAGACGAGAAUGCCGGAUGCGGCGUGCAAGGUGCUGCAGACACCUUUGGCGAAGCUUUCAAUGCCAACGGAGGUGGCAUAUACGCCAUGGAAUGGCGCAAUGCCGGCAUCCGAAUCUGGUUCUUCCCGCGCAGCAGUAUCCCAUCAGACAUUCCGACCGAUGUUAGCAAUACGACUGCGCCAGAUCCAAGCAGCUGGGACGAGCCGCUGGCUGACUUCCCAAGCACACAUUGCGACAUGUCGAGUCACUUCCAAAACCAGAGCAUUAUCGCGAACAUCGAUCUCUGCGGAGCCUGGGCCGGUGCAACCAGCGUGUAUACGGCAGCGGAUCAAUGUCCGGGCACAUGCAGUGAGUUCGUGACCAGUAACGCUACGGCGUUUAAGACGGCCUACUGGGAGUGGUCAAGCUGGAGGGUAUAUACAGCUUCUUAA